UUAGUCAAUAUGAAAACAUUUACUGCGCUAGUUGUCCUGUCCAUGGUAUGCCCCAUCUACGCUCAGUCUUACGGCAUGUCAAGUUAUGACCCAUACGGCAGCUAUAAUGGGAUCGGACUCCUCACUGGGUCAAGACUUGGGCGCUCGGGUGGACUAUCCAGGCUUCCACUUAUUGGAACUAGACGUUUAGCAAGAGGUCGUUUGAUAGUAGGAACUCGUGGGCUCUCCAGACUAGGUCUAGGGAGAAGGUAUAGACCAGUCAGCCAACGGUAUAUUGAUACAAGUGAAAGCUACAUCCCGAGGAGACGAAUUUAUUCAACUUCAUAUGCGAUGUUAAGAAAUCCGGGACAGUGAAGAAUUCUACGCCCCAUUUAAAGAAUAUUAUGUGCCAAAUAUGUUUUCAGAUGAACAUUGUUUUUUGUUUUUGUUGUUUAAUUUUUGUUCUGUUUUGUUUUGUUUCUCACAUCACUCACUUUGUCAAUUUUCAUACUAAGACAAACAGGAAACAAAUAAUAAAAAAAUGACUUGAUAAACAAUGAUGUUUUAUUUCUUUUUGUAAAAUGCUUCUUCGUUCUAAAGCGUGUAUGUAUGUUCUUCAAACCAACAGUUUUUGUUUGGUUUAAUGUCGCACAGGUUUACACAGGAAGACCCCUCUGUCUAUCAGUCACUAGUGGACACCUGCGUAGAACCAUCGACCUGGGUGGCUUCA